UUUCAGAAGAUGCUUCAGUGGCAAUACCUCUUCCACAGUGCAAGUUAUGAAUGAAAUUCAUUAACCAACAUCCCCUUCCUCACCCUGAUCUCCAAUAGACUUCCUGUAACACUUGGAAGAAAGGGUCAGGGGAGAAGGGUUGAAGGUCACCAUGAAGCUAAAGCAGCGAGUUGUGCUAUUGGCCAUCCUCCUUGUCAUCUUCAUUUUCACAAAAGUUUUCCUCAUUGACAACUUGGACACCUCAGCCGCCAACCGGGAGGACCAGCGCGCCUUUCACCGCAUGAUGACAAACCUCCACGUGGAGCUGGACCCUCGGCUUGACCACACCUUGCAGUCCCCUUGGGAGAUUGCAGCCCAAUGGGUGGUGCCCCGUGAGGUGUAUCCCGAGGAGACACCCGAGCUGGGGGCUGUUAUGCAUGCCAUGACAACAAAGAAAAUAAUAAAAGCUGAUGUGGGAUACAAAGGGACCCAACUGAAAGCUUUGCUAAUACUUGAAGGAGGACAGAAGGUUGUCUUCAAACCCAAGAGAUAUGCCAGGGAUUAUGUAGUGGAAGGAGAACCAUACGCUGGCUAUGACAGACACAACGCAGAAGUGGCAGCCUUUCACUUGGAUAGAAUUCUGGGUUUUCGACGAGCUCCACUGGUGGUUGGCAGGUUUGUCAAUCUACGUACGGAGAUCAAACCAGUAGCCACAGAACAGCUUCUGAGUACCUUUAUGACUGUGGGUAAUAACACUUGCUUCUAUGGGAAGUGCUACUACUGUCGGGAAACAGAACCAGCUUGUGCAGAUGGGGACAUCAUGGAGGGGUCAGUGACUCUGUGGCUACCAGAUGUCUGGCCUCUUCAGAAACAUCGACACCCAUGGGGUAGGACUUACCGUGAAGGCAAACUUGCCAGGUGGGAGUAUGAUGAAAGCUAUUGUGAUGCUGUGAAGAAGACUUCCCCCUAUGACUCGGGCCCCCGUCUCCUUGAUAUCAUUGACACUGCUAUCUUUGACUAUUUGAUUGGGAAUGCUGACCGGCAUCACUAUGAGAGCUUCCAGGAUGAUGAAGGAGCCAGUAUGCUCAUCCUCUUGGAUAAUGCCAAAAGCUUUGGAAACCCUGCCCUGGAUGAAAGAAGUAUCUUAGCUCCUCUGUAUCAGUGCUGCAUCAUCCGGGUUUCUACCUGGAACAGACUCAAUUACCUGAAGAAUGGAGUACUGAAGUCUGCCUUAAAAACUGCGAUGUCUCAUGACCCCAUCUCACCAGUGCUUUCUGAUCCUCAUCUGGAUGCCCUAGACCAGAGGCUUCUCAGCAUUCUGGCUACAGUGAAGCAGUGCACAGACCAGUUUGGGCCAGAUGUUGUGCUGGUGGAAGACAGGAUGACACUGUCUCAUUUGUAAUUGUAGUGGAACACAGAUGAAACUCCUUUUUUUAAAAACAAAAAAGCAAACAAAGAAAAAGUUAUAGAAAAACAGCACAAUCAGUUCGGAAAGGCUGUGGCCAAGAUGGACUGAGAUGAACAGGAAAGCUUCUGGGCCAGAAAACAGAGGUGACACUGGCUUUUACCGUGGGCUGACAACAGUGAGAGGUGGGAAAACUGGAGCCUUGGAUGGCUCAGUACCCGUAAUGGCAUCUUGGCCAUUGUGGUGUGUCCAUUGCUGGCAGUGGACACAGCGCUGGAUAAAAAUGGCUCUUGGUGUUGGUGGAAGUGUGUGGAACACAGACACUGAUUUUUGGACCGAACCUAGAGGGGACAAAUGGAGAUGAACAAUACAAUCUUCUCCCCUUCUCCUCCCCACAUAUACUCUUGAGAGUGUUUGUCUGAUUUCAGGGUUGUACAUAAUCAGCUGGGAGCUGGUUAGGCAUUUUGCUGCUUCUUUAGAGAAAGAGGAAGUGGUGAAUAAAAUAAUUAUUAGAUUGAAGAAUUGUGCCACCCCCUCAGGGGUGGGAAGUUCUUUGGAAUGCCAUUGGGGUGGGAGAAGGCACCUCUGCUGCUCAGUUGUCCUUUCCUCAACAAAAGGCUGGGAAAGGGGUUUGCCUCAUUUGUGAUCAUGCUUCAGUGUUUUCACAGAAGCCCUAUCAAAGAUUUAUCCACAGGGUUGGAGAUUUAGGAGAGGGCAGGGUGGUUAUACAGCACUUGGUAAUUAAGGGGUUAAAGUAAGUUUCUACAUGUCUUUAAUAGGGAUCUGGCAAGGUCUGAGUAGAAUAAAUAUCCUUGCAGUCCUGUGUCCAUAUUAACUGAAUUUUCACCUUAGCUGAGGAGAGUGACAGAAUCUGUCCUUGGGAGCAGGUUCCAUUGGGUGAGGUCACACUCCUUACUGUGUGUCCUGCUGGAUGUGGGGAACAUGGAGGUGUUGCACUGGGGAGAGCUGUCUUGCUAGGCUUCCCCAGUAACCAGCAGCCAUGGGCAAGGCCCAGAAGCAGGGGGAGAACCCUGAGCU